AACAUGUAUAUAUAAAUAAACAUGAUUAUGUAUUUGGAGAUAAGAAGGUUCCACUACAAAUAAUCAAUCAAUUCUAUUAAUUGUCUCUCUCUCUCUCUCUCUCGUGAAUUGAAUAAUGGAUGAAAUGAAUGUUGUUGAUGUAUCUUCUUUCAUGCUCCUUGAGGCCACAGGCGAUUCAGAGGUCGAUUCUGAGCUCAACAUGGAUGUAGCUGCAGACCAUGAUGCUGAUGAUGAUGAUGAUGAUGCUCAAUCAUGCAGCUGUGAUUUGCUGGACUAUUGUGGACCCGAGUUUGAUUAUGAUCAUCUAGGAAAUGCCCAUGAUCAAGAUCUUCAUUUUGAUGAUGAUGAUGAUGAGGGUGAAGUGAUUGAUCAAGAUUGGACUGAUGAUGACAAUGAUGAUGAUGAUCAAGUGGGGCUGAGCAGCACUGCUAAAGCUGGAUUACACAAGAAAUCAAGUGUUGAUUCAAAUAUGGAGUUGAUGAAUGAGAUGGAAAAGAACAGGCUUUUCUGGGAGGCUUGUUUGGCCUCUUGAGUAUGUCAUUUUUUUUUUCUUUCUUUCUUUCUUUGUAGAAUUGAGACUCAAAGUCACCUUUUGGCUAACCAAUUUUCCUGCAGCUUUUUGUCUGAGUUUUUCUUUACGAAAUUACAAGUGAUUUUCAAACAAAAUUUUUAAUCAAAAUAAUUUUAAAUUUAUUUUUCAAACUCAGAUUGUUUUAUAAAAUUGUAUUUUUAAAAUACGAUUUUAAGUUUAACUUCGCGUAUUUAAAAAACAAUUUCAGAUAUAUUUUUAAAGUCGGUACUCAUUUUUCUAUAUUUGUUAUGAAAAUAUGAUUCCAACUUUAAAAUUGUUUCUUUUGAAAACAUAAUUUCAUGAAACAAAUUGGGUUGAGGAAACAAGUUGAAAAUUGUUUGAAUUUAAUGAAUUUUGUUUGAAAACAACAUGCAUUUGAAAGAAAAACUCAGCUUUUGUCCUCUAUUUUUAAUUUUUUUUGAGCAAAAUUCCAUUGCUCAAGACGAGCUAACAGUUUCAAACAUAGUGAAUGCGAAGCAAUUGUGGAUAUACUGAACCCUCCGUAGAAUUGAAUGUUCUCCGAGAUGUUUGUGUUCCAAUGAUGUAUACCUCCUCUCUCUCUCUCAUUUGAUCUCAUACUUUGAACUUCUCUCCAUGUAAAUGUGAUUUGUAAGAAAUUUAACAAGUAAUUGUGUUGUUCACAGCUGUAUAAGUAGUAAAGUUUGGGACCAAGAACUCAUAUUUUAAAAGGUUAAUUACACUUUUAAUUUUUAAAUUUUGAUUCAAAUUAUAAUUUGGUCUUUAUGAUUUUAAAUUGAAUAAUUUGGUCUCUCAACUUUAAAUUUAGUUUUCA